CAACAGUUCCUCUUCCUCACAGUAGGACUCUCCGUUCCCGCCUUCUCCUGGAACUGGUGGUACGUGGUGAUCGCCGUGGCCACUGCCGUGGCCGCCGCCAUCUUCAUCGUCAUCUUCUUGGCACGUAUGAGGAAAAAGGAAACACGCUAUGGGGAAGCCUUUGAGCCCAACAUGGAGCAGGGAGAGCUGGUGGUUCACUAUCGCGCCCGCAAAUCGUACAGCCGCCGGACUACGGAAACUACUUUGAACAGCCUGGGCAUCAGUGAAGAAUUGAAGGAAAAGCUUCAGGAUGUAAUGAUUGACCGCCAUAGAGUAGCCCUGGGAAAGACCCUUGGCGAAGGUAAGUCCUUGGGACCAGUGUCAACUAGCCAGAUGAAUACCGAUGGAUGCUGCGUUAAUUUCUCUCUUCUCUUGGCAGUUGCCAUAUGCACCCGCAGUGAGAUGGAGGACUUCCUCAGUGAGGCCGUUUGCAUGAAGGACUUUGACCAUCCCAACGUCAUGAAACUGAUCGGCGUCUGCCUGCAGAACACAGAAAGCGAAGGCUACCCGUCCCCUGUGGUCAUCCUGCCAUUCAUGAAACAUGGAGAUCUACACAGCUUCCUGCUGUACUCGCGGCUUGGGGAGAGCCCUGUGUACCUGCCCAUGCAGAUGUUGGUCAAAUUCAUGGUGGACAUUGCAAGUGGCAUGGAAUACCUCAGCAGCAAGAACUUCAUUCAUCGGGACCUCGCUGCCCGCAACUGCAUGCUGAACGAAAGCAUGACGGCCUGUGUGGCCGACUUUGGCCUCUCCAAGAAGAUCUACAACGGUGACUAUUACCGCCAAGGUCGUAUCUCCAAGAUGCCGGUGAAGUGGAUCGCCAUCGAGAGCCUGGCCGAUCGCGUUUACACCACCAAGAGCGACGUGUGGUCCUUUGGAGUCACCAUGUGGGAAAUUGCCACUCGAGGCCAGACGCCUUAUCCCGGGGUGGAAAACAGUGAAAUUUACGACUACCUACAUCAAGGCAACCGCCUCAAGCAGCCGAUUGACUGCCUGGAUAGCCUGUAUGAGCUGAUGACGAGCUGCUGGGCGCUGAACCCCCGCGACCGCCCCACUUUCGAAAUCCUGUCUGAGGAGCUGGAGAAGACCCUCAAGUCACUCCCACCGCCCAAAGACCCCGAGGAGAUCCUCUAUGUCAACAUGGACGAUGGCGUGGCCCCCGCCGAGGUGGAGCUGGGCGCCGUGGGAGGCCUGGGGCCCGAGGAAUCCCUGGCCAAGGAGAGCCAGCUGCUGAAGGCCAUGGUGACGUCCGCCGAGGUGCACCCGCCACAGGCCAUGGGCCGCUACGUGAUGUGCCCCACUCCCCACGAGAACAGCCGGCUCUUGAACGAGGCCCUCAGCUGCGCCGCCACUGAGGAAGGGGCCUAAAAAGGGAAGAUCUGCAGACCCCUCCAUUGGGUGUUUAUGUACCCAAUUGGAAGGCACCCUGUUUGGUGACACCCCCCCACCUCUCUGCCCCCAAGAGGGGGCUUCCAAAGACAAACCUUUGAGGCCCAUGGACAUCCUUCACCCGAGGGAUCUCACUCCCACCUGACUCCGCUGACCUGCGCCCACAAAUUGAGGUCCUCCUUACCUGUUCCAGUUCACCUGGGCCAGAGUGGGUUUCCAGCAGGCCACCCCUUGCGUGGGUCUCAUCGUCGCCCCCUCCUCUUCUUUCUCCCUCUCUAGGCCCAGCAUUCCUUCUUGCUCCCCUUCAAGGCAAACCCACGGACUCGGAGCGGAUGCCAAGACGGGGUACGCGACAGAGUCCUUUUCGAGAGCCGGUGGGGAGGGGUUAACGUGGCAGGAUAGAGGUUGCCUCCCCCUCCCCUCCCGUCCUCUCUCCCACUUCUGAAGGGAAGAGACCCACCGGAUCUCCCUUUGGCUGCCUUUCUCCCCUUCCCAAUUGUCACAACCACCAUCUUCUACUCCUUUGUGCUAUUUAUUACGCAAGCAGCCCGGUGCAGAAAUUGCUCUGAGCUGUGGUUUGCUCCAUCAGAAUGAAAAAAAACCAAACAAACCACAAUGUUAAAUUUUCCCAGAAGUCAUUUUAAGUUUAUACACCUUCCAAUAAUGGGCUAGAUUCACCUGCUGUUUUGGGCCACUCUUCUCUUAACGCUGUUGGUCUUACCGGAUGGCUAAUUGGCUCUGAUGUCACUCUAAGCCAUGUUUUUUUUCAACCAUGGUGACUCAAAGGUGGGUGGACUUCAACUCCCAGAGUUCCCCAGCCGGCAGAAGGUAGCAUGGCCAGCUAGGGAAUUCUGGGAGUUGAAGACCAACCAUAUCCAAGUCGCCAAGGUGGAGGAAUAUUGCCCUCAACCGUAAAUCAUGGUUUACAAAAGCAUAAAUACGGUUUACCAAAAGGCUGGGUUUGUACAGCGUGUUUAAGUCAAAAUAAGAUACGUUAGGAUGUAAGCUAAUCCUGUUCAUAUUAGGGUGCAAACCCAGGCAUCCUGUCUGUGAAGGUUUGGGGGGCAAAUUUUACUCUCUAAAUGUCCUCCAUGAGUGAUAUUCCCCCAACCCAGUAAACUAAAAUCUCUAGAAGUUGCAUUCAUACAACCAGCUAAGCUUAGAUUGUUUUAACCUAAAGAGUAGGGAUUUGUGGAUGUCUGCAUUAGUGGGUCCAAACCAUUUAAUUUGU